AUGUCAUCAUCCGCACCCUCUUCCAACAACAUUUUUGACAAGAUCUGGCAAGCAGAUGAGAAUCGUCUCACUCCCUUCUCAUCAAAACCCACUUCUGUCUCGACUCCAUUCAUCACACUCGUGUGCAGUACUCAAAAGAAAAAACAAAAUCCCAAUUUCAAUUUAUUUCGUCUCUAUAAAUUCGAUUCCUCUAAAAAACAAUAUGUUGUAUCGAGUGUGCGUGAAUUUAUUGACACAGCUGCCCAUUCGGAAUCAUCCUACAAGACCUAUGGAUUGAUCUAUAAAUUAUUUGACAAUUAUAAUUUGGAUCAACUCAAAAGAGAACAAAAUACUCCUCAGGAAGAAGGUGAAAUUUCAAACUUUUUAGAUGCCAUUAUUGAAACCAAAUGUAUGAAAGUGUUGGCUCAGGACUAUUUGAAAAUGACGAAUAAGAGUGAAAUCAAGAAAAAAUUGUAUUCAAUUUGGUUCACUCAAUAUGAUAUGGGAAGAAAUAGAGAUUUGAGUGGAUUUGAACAUUGUGUGGUUGGUGAGAAGAAUGCAUCGACUGUGAGUGGAUAUCAUUUUUGGUUUAAGUAUUUGGUGGACGAUUCCAAUGACAACUUUUUAGGUCAAGAUAUGAUUAAUUUUGCUGGUCGAUUGGACAAGGAAACUACUGCUGAUUAUGUUUGCAUUCGUUUCAAACAAGAUGAAGAUGUCACCAAUGACCACGGUGAGAAUGAUCAAUUAUUCAAAUCUUGUGGUAGUUUUUGGGUUGGUAUUUCACCCGAAUGUUUCAUGGCUUUGUGUACAGUUGCUCAUUUGGAACAUUUGAAAGGUCACAAGAAGGCCUUAUCCAAUGUGGUUGUAAAUGGACAUGCCUAUACGGUUAAUGUGUUUUCUGAGGGUGACUAUCCACGAUCAGUCUAUCCUUCAUUGAAUGAAUGA